AUGUGUACGCGGACAAAAGGAGGUAGAAUAUUGCAAAAAGAACGCGAAAAGGUGGAGAGGGACAAGAGGAAUCUUGAGUGGAGGGAGACUUUUGCCCAGAAGGGCGAAUGGUCCAGCAAAUUUGGCUUGUUCGCAUCAGAGAAUGAGAAUGCGGACUUUAUCACAAUGAUGCAGCAGCCCUGGGACACAUCAAUAGGUGGCGUGAAGCGUUGGUACGUCCGGAAGAAGGAACGAGUAAACAGAAUCCUCCAGUCGUAUAUCCCGGAGAGACAUGAAAUUUUGGGUUCGGAUCUCGCAGCAGCGCACUUUAUCGUCUAUCGAGGGGGUCGAAUUAAGUUUGUGGGGGACCCGAAGUGGGUGCAAAAGGAUGAGGAUACUGAUGAGUAUGAAUUGCCACGGUUGUACGAUGAGAGGUACAAAGUGGAAGCAAUUGACUGCUCCCGGAUGCUGCUGUAUUAUGAGGGAUUGGAGAAUUUAAGGUGCCUCUUCCACCUGAAACAGCUCAGCUUUCACGAUAUUCCCGUAUUUGACGAUUGGUGCCUGGACAGGGUGAGCGGAAGUGAAUUUCACAAUCUGCAGGAGUUGGAUUUGACCGGAACAAAAAUUACUUCGAGGGGUCUCUGUGCUCUCUAUCGUCUGCCUCGGCUGCAGAAGCUCAGUCUGACUCUGCCGGAGAAUGAAGUGGCAAUCGCUGAAAUGAAAUUAACAGGAGCUAUGCUUGAAGAAGCAAUUCCCGGACUCACAGUGAGUUACUUUUCAUCUCCAUCCAAAGAUUCUUCUCCAGAAACGUAG